AGAAAUACAAUCCACAGCGCCGCCGCUCCCCUGCACCCCGCCAAUAAUUUCUUCCCCUUUCUUUGUCCUUCCUUUCUUCGACUUCGCCUCCUUCUGUUCUUCUUCUUCUCCUUCCUUACUCUUCUACUUCUACGUUGCGCCGCCGCCAGCUGGAAAUCCGUUUUCUCCGCGGGUGUUGUAUUGGAGAGAGAUUUCGGUUAGGGUUUUAGCAGCCGGAGCGAAGAUGGUGCGGGCGUACAGGAUGAAAGGGCAGAAGAGGAAGAAGAAAGGCGACAAGUACGACCGGGAAGACGAAUCCGACCAAAUAGACGGCGGCAGUGAAGCUCCGCCGUCGCCGAAGAAGGCGAGAACGGAAGGAGAAUCGUCGGAAGCGCAACCGGAAUCAAUUUUGGACUCAAUGCCUGGAAUCCCGAUGGUUCCGGUGGAUUCGGGUCACAAUAAGCCCGGUGUUAUAUUUAUCCUCGAAAAAGCUUCUCUGGAAAUCGCUAAAGUUGGGAAGACUUAUCAGCUCCUGAGCUCUGAUGAACACGCGAAUUUUCUCGUGAAAAACAAGCGCAACCCUGCGGAUUAUCGUCCGGACAUUGCUUUUCAGGCGAUUCAAACGAUUUUAGACAGCCGCGUGAACAAAUGUGGGAGAUUGAAAGCAUUGUACGUGAGGACACAGCAGAAUCUUCUUAUGGACAUAAAACCUCAUGUCCGAAUGCCAAGAACGUAUAAGCGAUUUUCCGGUCUAAUGGUUCAAUUGCUGCAAAAGCUGCACAUAACUGCAUCCGGUAAGGGCGAGAAGCUCUUGCGCCUCAUCAAGAAUCCUGUGACCCAAUAUUUACCUGUUCAGUGUCGAAAAAUAGGUUUCUCACACAGCUCCGAGAAAUUGGUAGAUAUGCACAAAUAUGUUGGCACCGUCGACAGCGAACUUGAUCUUGUUUUUGUGGUUGGAGCCAUGUCCCACGGUAAAAUUGAAGAAAACUAUGUAGAAGAUUAUUUAUCAAUUUCUGAAUAUCCGUUGAGCGCUGCGUACUGCAUAUCUAUAAUUACAAAUGCAGUGGAGCAAAAGUGGAAGAUUUUGUAAUCUCAAAGUCGUAAAGUUGGCCCGUGAGAUGGCUAAAUGUAUUCGAGCUUCGGGUCAGGUAAAUUCACUUAAAUCUCGAUGAUGAAUGAUGAGUAUGAGCUACGAAAAUGAUCUUAGAAGUCGAAAGCUUGAGUGUACAACUUGCAUUAUGAUCUUUAAUAUGCCAAAACAUUUAGUUUGAUGAGCAUAUAGUGUUAACAGUGUUUUGACAUUGCAUUAUGAUCUUCUUGAUCGAAGAACUGGGGAUUUUAUCCAAAGUUGAAGAAGAGAUUUUUUUUUUA